AUGACCCCACUUACUACUGUACCGCAAACUGCCGACUGUGUCGCUUUCCUCAGAACUCGGAGCAAGGCGGCUAAGGCGUUCGUCAAGCAGCUGGGCCAGUGCUGGCACUGCGCGGACGGCCGCCCGGGAGAGUGUGCCUUUUACAAAACGGAUCAGAAUCUGAAGGUCGUCGAGCAGCGGACCUUUCGAGUCUCGGCCCGGCCUGAGUAUCGAUUACUGGAAGUCAUACCACCGGGUCACUCUGCCCGCGUCAAGGUUCACUUCAAAUCCUCCCCGCCGGCAAGGACCAAGCAGACUGUUUUGGCUGCGGUGGCAUUGGGCAUCCCAUGCGCGGAAGGGGAGCAGAAGCGCGAGGAUCCCAAUCACGACUUCGUUCUACUUGAACCCUUCGAGAAGGACGAGCUUGAGGACGCACUGGUGGAAAUUGAGGAAAUGGAGGCACUGGAUCGUUUACCAUCCUCCCAAGAUCACCUCGGUCCACAUUCCCCGCGUGAAGAUCUCAUCAGGAUGACCCUCACAGAUAAAGCCAACCCCAUCACCUACUCAAAACUAUACCGCGCCCUUGCGAGAGGCGUUCCCCUCACCGUAUCGGGCAUCGAUCCGGGUAACCGUAAUCUCACCCCGGAGUAUUUCAUCCACAAUCACGGCAACGCCCUAGUAACGCUCACCAAUACAAAGACUGGCGAACAACGCGAUGUUGUGUUGGAAAGUUUUAUGGAAACAUUCGGACAGCCGCCAGAUCCUGAUAACCCGGAGAAACUUCAGGACUGGCCGCCAACCGAGGACUUCGAUAAGGAGUUUCCUGAGAUAUACGCUCUCUUCGAGGACUGCCUGAUAGGAUCUUGGAUCACGUCGAAGAGGGGGCCUCUGAACCUGGAGAUGAACAUGCCCGUGCAUGCAUGUCCUCCAGACACUGGACCUAAGGCAUACUUGGCACACAGCGCGGCCGGCGGCACGACAACGCGUUUGCAUGGCGAUAUGACCGACGCCAUCAAUAUCUUAUUCCAUGCAGAGGGUGGUUCAAAUGGCGGCGCUCUAUGGAUCAUGAUCAACCGAGACGACACGGCCGAAGCCGAACGAUUGCUGCGCAUAUGGAAGCGCGGCUUGUUCACAGGUCACCCCAUUCACUCACAGCAGCUCGUUCUCACCGAGAAAGACGUUGAAGACCUGAGAGCAGCUAAAGUAGAGAGUGUGCACGGCAACAGUGUUGCCUUCAAGCGUGGUCAGAAGACGGAUUUCGAGAUGGUGGACUUGCGCAAGGAGAUUCUUCAGAUAUGCCCGGAUGACGACGCGACCUUCAUGGAGCACAUCCGGGAGCACGUGUUGUCUCAGAAGUAG